UCUACAUCGCGAUGGACGAAGACCAACUCGACGUGAUCAACAGUGACGAUGAUGGUCAAAAUGGCGACGUCGACGUCGGCGUCAACGGCGUAGGACGGAGGAGGAAGGUUUUGCAUGUCGGCGACAAUGGAGUAACACAUCGCGUGGUCAUUGACCGCGGUUGUUAUUCGAUGACGGAAUUUCAUGAGCAACAUGGAUACCAACGGAAGGAUAAACUGAGCCCGAGGGAAUUCGUACAGCGUAAGAUCAAACGAUGUCGGUGUGGAGUAGACCAGUUUCUAGGUCUAAUCGUCUAUAUCUUCCCUGCAUUUCAUUGGCUACGUCAGUAUAACCUAAGGAACAAUGCAGUCGGAGAUGUGAUGGCAGGUAUCACAGUCGGCAUUGUCAACAUACCAAUAAGUAUGGCGUUUGCCCUGUUGGCUUUCUUACAUCCGGUGUACGGUCUGUAUACAGCAUUCUUUGCACCUCUAGCCUUCUUCUUCAUGGGCUCAUCCAGACAUACGUCAGUAGGUACGUUUGGUGUCGUCAGUAUUCUUUGUCGUGAUGCCAUUGAGAGGAUACUAGCUGAAAGGUAUCCACCCACUGAUCUUCCAUCAACAAUCGAACCAAUCACAACCAUAUCACCAUCCUCCCCCUAUCCCACCACUCCCACAUCUAUGAUCAAUGCUACUACGCCUGCGCCGUGUGGACCAAUCUGUGACGAGAGAAUUCAGCUUCAUACCACACUGUGUCUUAUGGUCGGUUUGAUACAGAUAUUCAUGGCUAUAUGUCGUCUUGGUUUCGUCACCACGUACCUCGCUCAACCACUCAUUCGGGCAUUCACCACGGGAGCAGCAUGUCACGUGAUCACGAGUCAGGUGGCGCCAUUAUUUGGUCUGGUUCUCCCUCGUUAUGCUGGUCCCUUCAGUGUUAUCUAUACUUGGCGUGAUAUCUUUAUCAACCUUCCUAAGACGAAUGUGGCGACUCUUCCUUUCGGAGUGCUCACUUUUCUGAUUCUAGCCCCCGGCAAGUACCUGUCUGAGAGGUAUAAAAAGCAGCUGAAAAUACCAAUUCCCUGGGAGCUCUUCGUCGUGAUCAUCACAAUUCUCAUAUCCUACUUCGUAAAUGUCGAGGACAAAUAUGGCGUUGAGAUUAUAGGAGAUGUCCCUACGGGAUUCCCCAUGCCUACAAUCCCAUCUCUGCCAUCGGGAGUGAGAGUCAGUGAUCUAAUAGGAGAUGCCAUCGCAAUAGCAAUCGUGGGAUUCGCAGUGUCCGUCUCACUCGCCAAAAUAUUCGCUAGCAAGAACGAUUACGAAAUUGAUACGAAUCAAGAACUUCUUGGUUACGGUGCGUCGAAUGCCACGUCGUCCUUCUUUCUGUGCUUCGUGUCCGCCUCAGGUCUGGGGAGGGUAGCUCUCAUAGAUGACACUGGAGGAAAAACACAGGUUUCCAUGUUGGUUUCAUCUAUUAUCGUCAUGUUUGUUCUUCUCUUCAUCGGACCCCUCUUUGAACCGUUACCAAAGUCUGUACUGGCUGCGAUCAUCAUUUACGUAUUACGAAGAAUCGCUUUCCAGAUCACAGAGAUUAGAGGAUUAUUCAAAACAUCCAAAGUGGACUGUUCGAUCUUUGUUGUGACGUUCUUGUCGGUGUUCAUUCUCGGUGUGGAUCUUGGUCUCGGGGUCGGGGUCGUCUACGGUCUCUUCACCGUGAUCGUAAGGACUCAGCUUCCAAACUAUAGCGUGCAAGGGCAUCUGGUCGACACCGAGCUCUAUCGCGAUGUCAAAACUUACAAAUCGGUAAAAGUCAAACCAGGGAUGGUGAUUUUUAAGAUGCAAACAUCGCUGUAUUAUGCCAACGCCCAGCAGUUCAGACGGCGGGUCUUACGGGCCACUGGAAUCAACCCUGUAAUACGUUUGGCUGAAAUCCGUAAGGCACAGGCUGCUAUGGAAAAGAACAUGGAUGAGAAAAUGGAAUCUAGUAUGGCGACGGAAGAGAUGGAUCUUUCUAAGGAUGAACUCCACUCCAUCCUCAUUGACUGCAGUCACUUUGGUUUCAUCGAUAUCACUGGCGUCAAUACUUUACUUGCUCUCGUCAGGGACUACGGCAGGAUUGGCGUAGCAACGGUCUUCUGCUCAUGCGCAGAUUCUGUGAUGCAAUCUAUCAAGGUGAUUGGUGCUCUUAAUGAUGAGUGUGAUAUCUUCUACCCAUCCAUUCAUGACGCCGUCCUGUCAUUACCAAGGAAACAAGCUCUCAAAGCAGAUGAAAAUACCAACGACAACAAGGGCUACGAAAAUUCAAUAAACGAGGAAACAGGACUCUAAGCUGAGCUCAUAAACUUGCCGAAUCCAGACAUCAUGGUCUUAUGAAAAAGUCUGGGCGACAUCUUACAAGAAUUAAAGUCUCUCGGCUUACCUUUCCCUUCCGCUUUGUUCCGUGAUUAAAGAGAAAUAUUACCAGUCACUUAAUUAGAAAAUUUACUUGUCCAUUUAGAGUUCCAUGCGUUAUUAAGUAUCGUGGCAUGGUGAACAUGAAUUCAUGUAAAAAAGCUCUCGUAAUGCUAGCAAAAUAAAUUCAACCAAACAUUCACUAAUGAGAAAGUGCAUUUCAUUAGAAUCGUAUAAAGCAUUUAAAUGACUUUUACAUGCUUUAAAGUUUUUAUUUUGUUUGGGUGCAAUUAAUCGUAAAUUAUCGAUAAAUGUGCAUUAUGAAAGUGUUUAUUUUAUUGUAAUUGUAUUACGUAAUACCGUGUGAGUAAAAAAAAAGUUUACACCUAGAA